AAGCGGCUUGGGAGUCUGGCAGGGCUCAGAUCUGUGGCUGCAACGUCGGGGCACAGUCCACUUCAUGACAACGGGUUAAAUUUGUGGGGUCAGGCUCCUGGUGUGCCCUGCCCCACCCAGUGCUAGCUGUGGGGUGUAGAUAUUUUGUUUUGGAUCCUGGAUGCAGAAGGGAAGGCCCAGGUCUGGAACGCCCAGAAAGGCCACACCUGGGCCCAAGCAGCAACCCAGGUUAAGCAAUGGCUGCAGCAGAGCAGGUGAUGGAGAUGGCAGCUCUCGGCCGCCCGUUCCAGCUGGGGAUGCUCUACGACUGCCGAAGGGACAACCUCAUCCCAGGCAUCACUUUGUGGGAUCCAGGGGCGCUGAAGGAGAACAUUGAUGUGGAGCCACAGCCCAACACCGCAACGCACGUCAUUGAAUCCGACACGACCUCCCACAAAACCCAUGCGCUGGAUGUCUCAGAAUCGCUGAAGGCCAGUUUCCUGGCAGGGCUGGUCAAGGUGGAUGGAUCAGCCAAAUUCCUCUUGGAUGCCCGGAAGUCCGCACGCCAGGCCCGCAUGACCCUCCAGUACUCAGCCACCACGCAUUUUGAGCAGCUGACCAUGCGCCAGAUUGGGCCGCAACAUAUCACUUACCCAGAGGUCUUCAGCAAAGGGCCGGGCACCCACGUGGUCGUUGGCAUCCUGUAUGGAGCCCACGCCUUCUUUGUGUUUGACCAAAUGUCUUCUUCCUCCGAGAGUGUCCAAGAUAUUCGAGCCAAACUCCACGUGAUGGUGGCCAAAGUUCCUCUGGUUUGCCAAGGAAAGGAAGAGGCAGAGCUGGAAGGCGAGGAAAAGGCUGCGGCUGAAAAAUUCAGCUGUACCUUCCAUGGGGACAUUGCGCUAGAAAGCAACCCAACCAGCUACGAGGAAGCCUUGAAAGUAUAUUGCAGCCUCCCCAAAAUGCUGGGUGACCAAGGGGAGAAGGCAGUGCCUGUGAAAGUCUGGCUGUACCCACUGAACAGGCUGGAGUCCAAGGCUGCAAGGCUCGUGCGUCAGGUCAGUUCUAAACUGAUCUCUGACAUCGAGGAAGCUCUGGAGCAGCUGGGGGAAGUCGACAGGAGGUGCAACGACCUCCUGGAGGAGCCAACUGCCACCACCUUCCCAGAAAUCCAGAAGAAAAUCCUGCAGUUCCAAGAUCUGUGCCGGCAGUACAGGCGGGCAUUGCAGAAGCAGGUGGCAGGGCUCUUGCCUGCGAUUCGCGCCGGAGCAGCGCAAGAAGGUGCCUUGGGGGAUACCCUGAGGAAGCACAAGCAGUCGGCGUUCAGAAGCCAGUGGCUCCACAAAUUCCUGGAUCUGAAAUUCCGAGAGAUCUAUUACGUCAACUUCUUCCUGGACUUGUCAAAGGGGAAGGUAUCCUCCCAGGAUGACGUGGUGAGGAGGGUGCUCAAUCCCAAAAUUGACACUGUCGUUGCAUUUACGUUCACCUCAUUGCAAGCGAAGGAGCCCUACUUGGAGAAGUUAAACGCAGCCUUGGAUCAAGUAUCCAAACCCAAGCCAGAGACCUCUGCAGGAGACCAGAGCUUUGCUCCGUGGUUUGAAGACAAAGGCCUAUUAAAGAGAGUCCAGAAGGCAGCCAUGGUCUUUGCAGAAUACUCUCUGUUUUCUCAGCCUGGGGAGGGUCGGUUUGUGGUGACCUCGCAGGCCGAGGAGAGUGAUCCGGGUGCCGUGAUCAUCCGAUACCAAAGUGGGUCUCUGGAAGGAACCAAAUUAGACCUUCUCUCUAAACCUCUCCCCCCGUUGGCGGAUGCUGUCUCAUGGGACCGGUUCCAGCUGACAUUUAAGCCGGCAGAGUCUGAGAAAGGGGUGAUAGCGGGAUAUUAUGUCCAGCACAGGGUCCUGGGGGAGGAAAAAUGGGUGUUUGCACACGUAAAAGGCAGUCAGGAAAGGUUCUGGGUCACAGGACUGGAGCCAGAAACAAAAUAUGAAUUUAGAUAUGCUAUGGAGACCAAAACAGGCCUCAGUCCGUUCAGUGAUGUGAGUGGGGUGGUGGAGACCACCUGCCGUUCAACCCCCCCAGGGAAACCAGCCCUGAGGCCUAGAAGUUCCUGCUUCAGCUGCCAACUCCAGGUCACGUGGGGCAGCCCCAACUUCGUUGCAGACGGCAUCGUGAUAAAGGAGUACAAGGUGCAGCUGAGGAGAAGAGCAGCCGGCAAGUGGGAAGAAGAGCAGAGAACAGGAGAGAAAGUUGAGAGCUGUUGGCUCCCCAAAUGUUCGCUGAAGAAGGCGGCCGCUGUUCGGGUCAUCGCAGUUUACGGAGACGGGUUUGAGAGCAAGCCCAGUGAGGAGAUGGUCCAAGGGGAGUUUUAGAUGGGACCCGUCUUUGGGUGGGAGAUUCCCCCUUGUGCUGCCUUCCUCCACUACAUGCCAUCCUUUCCUGAGGUAGUAGGAAAGUUACCUAUGCUGUAAUGUGCAUUGAUGGAUAGCCCAAGAUGUCAAGGCAGCCCAAGUGGUGGAAGGUGGUGGACUCUCCGUCCUUGGAGGUUGUUAAGCAGAGGCUGGAUGCUUUAGUUGAGAUUCCU